GCCUGGUCUUGAAAAGCGGCUCGCUGAAGCCUUGCCUAUCGUAGUUUAAACCGAACGCCCCGGGCUAGAGAAACCGAGAUGUCUUUCCGCGACCUCCGUAAUUUUACCGAGAUGAUGAGGGCUUUGGGCUAUUCCCGGCUCAUAUCAAUGGAAAAUUUUCGCAGUCCAAACUUCUUACUGGUUUCAGAAAUACUCCAUUGGCUGGUGAAAAGAUAUGAUCCUGAGACCGAUAUCCCUUCAGAUGUGGAGACAGAGCAGGAUCGGGUCUUUUUCAUUAAGGCGGUUGCUCAGUUUAUGGUAACCAAGGCUCACAUCAAGCUCAACACCAAGAAGCUCUACCAGGCUGACGGCUAUGCUGUGAAGGAACUGCUGAAGAUCACUUCUGUGCUCUACAAUGCCAUGAAGACACAAGGUGUUGAUGCCGUCAACGUGGAUGAGGAAGAUGUGGGAAAAUUCAAAUUUGACCUUGGCUCAAGAAUUAGCGAUCUGAAGGCAGCGAGGCUUCUAGCUUCAGAGAUCACAUUCAAAGGAGCAUCUCUCUAUGACCUACUGGGCAAAGAAGUGGAGCUGAGGGAAAUGAGAACGGACGCGAUUGCCAGACCUCUGGAGAUAAAUGAGAUGGAAAAGAUGAUGAGAGUUGCUAUCAAGGACAUCUUGGAGCAAGUCCAGAAAACCAAGGACCUGCUCAGCAACGUGGCUGCAGAUGAAGCUAGUCUGGAAGCCAAGAUUGAAAAGAGGAAAUUGGAGCUGGAAAGGAGCCAGAAGCGGCUGCAGACUCUCCAGAGUGUUCGCCCAGCCUUUAUGGAUGAAUAUGAGAAGGUUGAAGAGGAGUUGCAGAAACAGUACAGCUUAUACCUGGAGAAGUUUCGGAAUCUCACCUAUCUGGAGCAGCGGCUGGAUGACCAGCACCGCAUGGAGCAGGAGAGAUUUGAGGAAGCAGAGAACACCUUGCGUUUGAUGCAGAACAAGCUGAAAGAGGAAGAAAAACGCUUGCUGAAGGCUGGAAGCAACGAGGACUCGGACAUGGAGAUCCAUGAGGACGAGAAUUCCAACAGUGAAAUGGAAGACAGGCAACUCAUAAGGCAUCAUACAGCCAUGCAGAUACUGAUGCAAGGGAGACCAAGCAGGCGGAUCAUAGGAACCAUGCAAGGUGGUGACAUGGAGGAUGAUGAAGAUUCUGAGGACUCAGAAAUUGAUCUGGAUUACGUCGAUGAUGAGGAUGAUGAAGAUCUGGAAGACGACAGCAUUGCCAUCUCUGCCAACAAGACCAGUCAGAGGGCCAGGAAGCCAGAGCCACUGGAGGAGAGCGAUAAUGACUUCUGAGCCUGCCCCCCCACCCCCCGAAACAGAUUUGACUGAACUCCACUGCGUGCUCACCUCAAGCUUUAUGCAUCCUGCACAGAGACCUCCCUACACAGCUCCAUUUUCAAAGGAUAAGCAAAAGAUCCCAGAGCCCCUGGUUGUAUGCAAGGGAGACUGUCCCGCUACAUGCACACGUUUUGCCAAUAAAUGCCUCCUCCCUCCA